AUGACAAGGUUAGCAGCCCUCAUUCUCCUCGCUUUCCCUCAAUUUUCCUCGGCCUGUUGGUCGACUGCGGCUCGAACACAAAUGCUGGAAAUGCUACCCGAAAAAUUCGACCACAAAGCACCAAAUGAAUUGAAGUUGUUUGGGAACAAGAGAGUAAGUUAUCGCCGCAAAAAUAACAGUAAAAAGAUUUUUGUUGACAAACAAAAUAGACGGAAGAGAUCAAAAUUUCUAAAUGGUUUGUUUGCAAAUCGUCUUGAGGCUUUCUUUGAAGAUUAUGAGGAUAAUCAAAUUUUACAAUUGAUGUUUAUUGAUCAUCAAUUGUUUUUUUGUCUGUUUGGAAUCUUAUUUUAAACAUUACGGCCUUUGGCGUACUUCACAAUCCUUUAUUUCGCAAAUUUUAAACGGCGAGCUGCGCCCUCUAUUAAAUCGAAAAGUUUGAUUAUGACAUAAAAAAACAAAAACUACGGCUAAUAUUGUAUAGAAAUACGUAUUUGAUAAAAAAAAAUCACUAAAUUUUUUCGCGAGCUGCGCCCUGGAUUAUGUCGAAAUAGUCCCCUAAAACUAAAAAAACAAAACAAAAACAUGAGCAAUUUAGUAACAGUAGUAAUGUUACAACAUUCUUCUUCUUUCAAGACUUUUCAAAAAUUUUAAAGCCGCGAGCUGCGCCCAGGCCUAAAAAUGAAAUUGAAGCCAAAAAUCAAAAAAAAUUGUGUAAAGUUGGUAAAAUACAAAUUGUCAUGUCUACUGCCUAUCUUGUUAUUAAUUUUAAGCUUAUUCCACUUCAUUUUCCCUGCAAAAAUCAAUUCAUAUUAUUUUAGUUCAUCAAAGAAUUCGGAGUCCGCGCGAUUUACCAGCUCUUCUUCAACGACCCGAAUCUCUCCAAACACGACCCACCAGGACAAUAUCUGGUCAACUGCGCGGUUCAGCCCUCGGGAGACAGGGUUAGAUUGAUUGUGAAUGAGUUCUUCGCGGCGUUCAACACCUCCCUCGGACGGAUCGAAUGUGAAGUCGCGAUUGUUGACGAAUCCAAACAACAGAUAUCAGAGUUCUCGGAGAAAGUCAGCAAGACCGUGUUGAUGGACAUGAACUCGAUUGCGGACCGUUUCGGAAGCAAACAUGCGUUUUCCAAUGCGAUAUGA